GUAACCUAACUUUCAACGUCACUACACGCAUGGAAUUGUUUUGAAAACCACCUACGGUAUAUUGAAACAUGCUAGCCGGCAGGAUUCUCCCUUAUAUGUUCGAGCCAGAGUCUAAUCCAGAAUACCAAGACGACGAACCCACACCUCAAAUAAGGAGGAUGCUCCAGCCUGUUACAGCGUGGUGUACCUGUGAAAAGUGUGUUGUCAUGCCAACAGAGCAAGAAAAUAUUUGCUGUAUGGAGAUUCCCAAAGUCGUUAGAAGGAUGAACCAGGUACCAGACACACUUACCUGCAUGACCCAUCACCCAGGCUUUGAACCAGUAUGCCUGAAUAUGUAUUCACUACAGAAUGCAUUAAAUAUUUACAGAGCUGAUUAUGGUCCCCUGAGACUGAGGGGAAUAGAACAGCGUUACAGGCACUUGGCAUACAGAAGUUUUGUGAGCUGGUGCUGGGGCUAUUUGGGCAGGAGUAACAGAGUUGUUAUCCCAUCUUGCGUCGUCCAACGUAUACGGCAAGAGUUUCCUGACGCGGCAGGCAGUUACGUUGGAUUUAGGCCUCCCCUUGACUGAACCGCGAUUUAUGUCUCGAGAUGGCUUCUUCCAUGGAGGGUCUCUCAUACUGGGAUGAGAGUGUUUCUGGGACCUUGAUUUUGUGAAUCUCCUCCAUGUAGGGAACAGGAUCAAGGAUCACCUUUUCAAACAGGAAGUCCAUCAAUCUGUAGACAUAGCCUGUAAAAUAAAAAUGCAUGUGUGAUAUAAUUUAUUAUUUAAUUAUUGUUUUUUUAUUCACUUUGUGUGUGUGUGUGUGUGU